GACAUAUAAUGUUGCUAUACAAUGUUGUAAUUGUGUAAUCACAUGAUGCUGACAACUUGUCGGUAGAAACAUGCUUACACAAAAUGUCUUUUGAAGAGGAAGAAUUUGUUGGAGGGACUGGGUACAGUGCCCUCGUGGGGUCCUUUCCGAAAGACUUUGGCUACGGACCAGAUGACCACAAUGCAGAGGUGGGCGCUGUCGCAGCCGACAGCAAGCCGCGGAUACUGUUGAUGGGGCUCCGGAGGAGUGGAAAGUCGUCAAUCCAGAAGGUUGUGUUUCACAAGAUGUCACCAAAUGAAACACUUUUCCUGGAGAGCACCAACAAACUCGUCAAAGAUGAUAUCAACAACAGCUCCUUUGUUCAGUUCCAAAUCUGGGACUUUCCCGGCCAGAUUGAUUUCUUCGAUCCAACAUUUGACUCAGAGACAAUAUUCGGUGGAUGCGGAGCUCUCGUAUUUGUCAUCGACGCCCAGGAUGAUUACAUGGAUGCCCUGGCCAAGCUUCACAUGACCGUGUCCCGAGCCUACAAAGUCAACCCCAACAUUAAGUUUGAGGUGUUCAUCCACAAAGUAGACGGCUUGUCAGACGAUCACAAGAUAGAGACACAGCGGGACAUCCAUCAGCGGGCCAACGACGACUUGAGUGAUGCUGGGCUGAACUAUAUUCACCUCAGUUUCUAUCUGACGAGUAUCUAUGACCACUCCAUUUUUGAGGCCUUCAGUAAGGUGGUGCAGAAACUGAUCCCCCAACUCCCAACCUUGGAGAACCUGCUCAACAUUCUCAUAUCAAAUUCUGGCAUUGAAAAGGCAUUUCUUUUCGAUGUGGUCAGCAAGAUAUACAUCGCGACAGACAGCUCCCCAGUGGACAUGCAGUCAUAUGAGUUGUGCUGCGACAUGAUUGAUGUGGUCAUCGAUGUCUCCUGCAUAUAUGGUUUGACAGAUGAUGGCGACGUGGCAUAUGACACAGACUCCAGCUCCAUCAUACGCCUUAACAAUGCUACAAUUCUCUACCUCAAGGAAGUCAACCGAUUCCUCGCCUUAGUCUGCAUUCUCAGAGAGGACAACUUUGACAGACAGGGACUGAUCGACUACAAUUUCCUGUGCUUCAAGAGGGCCAUUGAAGAGAUUUUUGAGAUCCGGCAAAAGAGCCAGGGCAGCCCCGACCCAGCUGGAGCAACGGGGAUAAAAACGUUACGGUCGCUGAGCAACGAUUCCACAGAAAGCCCUCAAAUGAAUGGGCUGGUUUCGACAAAGUCAUGAAGAAUUUGUAAAUAUAGGUGCCAUUUUUUCUUUUGUUACUAUCAUCAUUUAAACUUUUUUUAGCUUGUGGAAGGAAAAAGCUGACAAACUGGACUGUAUAUGUCAGCGACCCAGGUCACUUUUGAAGCAACUGUCUGUCACCAUGCAGGAACCUCUUACAAGUUGUGACGCAAGCCUUAAUGCCAUAAGGUCCUAACUAACCAUUUCAAUGGCUCUGUUUCACAUUCAAGUGUGUCAGCUUUCCAGGUGGGGCUUGUGUUUAGUGAAUAGCGUGAGAAAUACGACUCUGGAUAACACCUCUGAUGUCUCCCAAACAACUUUUUCUUAACCUCUCACAGCCCAGUGAGACAUAUUUCCCAACCCUUCCCCCAGAUCUCAUCUGCAAAAUGAUACACUUUUCUGAAUGUGAUGUUUUACCAAAUUUCAUGUUUAAUGCAGCUGCCAAGUUUCAAUUGGGUUGAACAGAUUUUUAUGUUACUCUCAUUCAUAAUUCCCACUAUUUGCCGCGCAUAACCACUUGUUUGUGCACAGUGUUUGGAAAAAUCUAUUAUGUAUAUAUGUAAAUUAUAUGCUGCACAUAAGUAAGAACAAGCCUCUUGUUAACUUAGUAGCAAAGUUUUCUUCCUUGUAUUAUAGUGCAAGGUUUGUGUAUUGCAUUGGCAUGUAUGCCGUUCUUGAUACUAAAAGAGUGUACUAGUUGGUCCCUUUGGAAUUUGGUGAGAAUUUUCUGUCAGAUAAAUCCUUCGUGCUGUUUGUGACCACAUAUGGGGAGACCAGUUCAUAAUUGUGACGUCACUUCAGUUUAAACCACGCCCACUGCACGUGCAGAGCUCAUAGGGUUACAUGCAUUGAUCACUGUUAA